GCAUUUUUCCAGGUGCUGAGGCUGAAAAUAUAUGGACUCAGUUCUCCACUUGAUUCACAACUGGGCAGGUUUUUUCAACAACUGGUCACAUCAUGGAGUUGGUUGAAACUGGUGUGCUCUUUAGCUUGUUGGCAACUCUCCUCCUGGCAUCCCCAGUGCCCAAUAAUAAGAAGACUGAGCAGAUAACUAUUGAUCCCCAGCAAGGCUUCAUGAUAAUUCCACCACCCCAACCACACUACAACCAUGAUCCAUUGCAUGGUGUGGACUUGUUGGCUGCUUCAAGGUCUUUUCAACCCCCAGCACCUGGCCCAAACAGCAAUGUGGUCCCUCCAGAAGUGGCAACAGAUGCCCUGAGUUAUGCCCUGCAGAAAUUGCAGAGUGAGACUGCUGAAGUGCCCAGGAACAUGCCAGAUGAUCCCAUGGCCCAGCAGAUCUUUGGGGAUGACCCCAGUUGCACUUGUGCUAAUGGCGGAGUGUUGAACAGGAAGUGCCAGACCAUCUGUGACUUUGAGAAAACCAUCAUCAAACCAGAGCAGAUGACAGUGGCAGUACCCCAGCCCCCCAGGUAUGAGCAGUAUGUGAUCCCAGCUCCUCCAGGGUCCUGCAUGCCCCCUACCUAUGGGUGCAGACCCAUUCCACAACCCCCAGUCUACAGCACUUGCACCCAAUACAAGAAAGAAACAAUCCCCCUGAGGGCACAGUUUGCAUCUGAAGUGGAUCCAGAAUUCCUCAACAACUUGGACCCUGGAAUGGCUGAAGCUGUGGUGGAAGACCACCACAACCAGCACCACCCUGUUGGUCUUUCAGCAUCUCCCUGUUCCCACUCUCAGCAUAUGCCCAUCAAAACAUCUGCUUUUGAUGACUGAAAUCAAAGGCAAAAUUAUUGUUCAUCACAAACCAUUUAACUGAUGAUGUUAAAGUGCAGAGGAAACAACAAAAUAAAUCACAAUUUAUUGUCUUUUAAAUUUCUCAUGCAUAAAAAUGGAUUAUUAUGACACUAGCUCUGUUCAACCCAUCUCCAUCUUGUUAUAUGUCAUUUAUUAUUGCACCUGCUCUUGAGGAAUGCUGAUGAUGACUGAAAUACAUACAGCACCAUAUUAUGACAAACCUUUUUUUCUGGUUGAAUGCAAUAUUUAAUGUUGAAAUACAAUAACAGCUUGACUCAUUGUCCUGUAAAA